AUGGAAAGAAUUAAUGAGGUUGUCAACUUGUUUCGUAUAAAUAAUGGCCCGUAUCAUAUGAGAGUGAAACAACUUCAAGCUGAAUUUAAGGUUAGACAAUUUGAUUUUCAAGAUGCCAAGGAAAAAUUUAUUAAUUAUCAUACACAACACUUUUUACAUCCCAAGUCACAAACAAGAAUUGAAACAUCACCCAAUAUGAUUACAAAAAAGCCUAAAUCAAAUCAAUCCAGACCUGAUAAAGGAGCUAUUGUCACAAUUGGAGAGUCAAGUGAUGUGCAAUUUAAAUCUAUUUCUCAAAUAGUUGAUGAGGAAUGCUUUGAGGAAUUAGGAGGACAGAUGUAA